AUGUCACUCUUGGCUCGCCUCAGAGAUCUCGAUGCUUAUACGAAACCACUCGAUGAUUUUCGGGUAAAGACUUUCACUGGAGGAGCUGGUAUGGCGUUAGUCGAACUUCUUUUCAUUGGAAUGGAAGCGAUAAUAAUAAUAAUCAUUACAAGUUCAGUUGUAACGGUUGAUGUAAUGGAUGUGAGUGGAGAUCAUCAAGACAACAUUCAAGAUGAUGUCUAUAAGCAACGAAUCGAUCAGAGUGGUAAUAAUAUCACCGGGCAAAUUGCUAUGAAAAUAGGUUCCGUGAAUAUAAACUCUUCGACGACCUCUUCAGAGAACCAGCAGGAAGUGAAAUGCGGCAGUUGUUAUGGUGCUGCUGAUGGGUGUUGCAAUACUUGUGAAGAAGUGAAAGAAGCGUAUAGCAUUCGGGGAUGGCAGAUUGAUAUUGAAAGUGUUGAGCAGUGUAAAUCGGACGAUUGGGUGAAGACUCUUAAUGAUUUCAAAGGUGAAGGUUGUCGUGUCUACGGCAAAGUUCAAGUUGCAAAAUACUACGUAAAAGUUAUACCAACAAUGUAUCAGUUUCUCGACGCAACAAAUGACCUUUUUAGUCAUCAGUUUUCGGUGACAACUCAUCAAAAGAACAUCGCGAUGGGUAUUGCUGGUUUACCUGGUUUAUUCGUGCAAUAUGAAUUUUCACCUUUAAUGGUUAAGUACGAGGAACGGAGACAGUAA